AUGCUGUUGGAGGUUAGAUGGAUAGAUGUUGGAUCUGUUUUGGACAGGAAGUUUUCCACAAUCAACGUCCAUGUUGCAGAUCACUUUUGCAACUUUGUUGGCGGUGUUGGGAGAACAGCCCAGGCCAAGAGCAGACACUCCAAUGGACAAGGAAGGUGGCCUGCCAAAUCUGCUAAAUUCAUCCUUGAUUUGCUCAAGAAUGCAGAGAGCAAUGCCGAAGUCAAAGGAUUGGAUGUUGAUGCUCUAUAUAUUUCUCAUAUCCAAGUCAAUCAAGCACAAAAGCAAAGACGCCGAACAUACAGAGCUCAUGGAAGAAUCAACCCUUACAUGUCAUCCCCAUGCCACAUAGAGUUGGUACUAUCUGAAAAGGAAGAACCUGUCAAGAAGGAGCCUGAGACCCAGUUGGCUUCUAGCAAGAAGAGGGCUUAAACUCCACCAAGUGGCACUUUGUCUUGAACUCGGUUUAUUUUAAGAGAACAAUUUUGUUGCCAUGUUUUACUUUCUUCCAUUAUUUGUUGUAUGAAGUAUUUGUAGGAUAAAGCUUUCAAACUGUUAAGGUUUAUACUGUUUUGAAUUAUUGAGUCAAUUUUGAAACUUUGGUCUU